AUGUCUCAACGUGAUGACGAAGAAGGCUACAACGAACGUGUGGUUGGAACAACGCCAAGUUCAUCCGCUUCCUCCACCGUGAAUCACGACCUGCAACAACAAUUACCUCCCGAAGAAGAAAAUAAUGAAAAUAAUAAUGAUAUUAUAUUUGAAAAGGAUUCCAAAAUUCGUAAAAUAGAAGAGAAUAGAGAAGCACAAACUCUGCCCAACAAUCAUGUUUCCGAGAUUGCAGAAAGAGGUAAAAGCAAAGUAUUGGCCAUGAUGAAACGUAUGGGAUGGGAAGGAGAAGGUUUAGGAAAGAGUAAUCAAGGCUCCGCCUCUGCUUUGGAUCCACAAGUAAACCUCGGAAGAGGAGGACUUGGUUUGAAAUCUUCCAUGAAUCACUUUUCUGAAACAGCAUAUGGUAAUGAUCAUGCAGAUAGUAAUUAUCAAUUACCUUCGAAUUUUGUCAUACAAAGACAUGCUAGCGAUGAUAGAGAAUAUUCACAUAAGGAAAAUGUCAUAUGGCUGUCAUGUAAGCAAGAGAAUAGACAUCAAUAUGUUGGAACAGGUGGUUUGAAACAAUCUUAUGAAUCAUCAACAAACAUUGAUGAGAACACUGAUGAUUUUGAUCCAAUUUAUCACAUUGUUAAACCAGUUUCUAAAACAUUAGAUCCAUCAUGCAUCGAACCAAGUACUGUAAAUGAAGGUCAAAACACAUUCACAGAUCCAGAAAUUAUGAAAUCAAUAUUUAAAACGAAGGCAGAAUUUGACGGCCUACCAGAACGGUUUUUCAUUGAUGCUCGAUUCAGGUCAAACCCUUAUGAAAAAAUUGGAAAAUCCAUAUUUCAAAACAGAGCUGCUGUCAAGCUAGCAAAUAUUGACAUGAUCACAAACCUUACCAGUGUCGAUGCUUUGCCUCGUCUUCCAGAAGAGAACAAUAUUUUAUAUUUUGCAGAUAUUUGUGCUGGUCCGGGUGGAUUUACUGAAUACUUAUAUUACAGAUACAAAACUACAAACGCUAAAGGAUGGGGUUUCACAUUAAAGAAUGAAAAAGAUGAUUGGAAAUUAGAGAAAUUUAACAGAGAGUCUCCACAUGACAAUUUUGAAUUGAACUAUGGUGCUGACGGAACAGGUGACAUUACAAUCAAUGAAAAUAUGCUUGCAUUACGUGAUGCCAUCAAUAGAGGAACUAAUAACAGAGGAGUUGCGUUGGUGACUGGAGAUGGUGGUUUUUGUGUGGACGGUGUCGAAAAUUCUCAAGAAUAUCUCACACAACAGCUCGUAUUAUGUCAAUAUCUGACAGCGUUAAUGGUAUUGCGGAAAGGUGGAAGUUUUGUUUGUAAAUUGUUUGACUUGAAUACUUGGUUCUCUGCCUCUCUCAUGUAUAUUUUAUACCAACACUUUGAACAAAUUUCUAUUAUCAAACCAUUCUCCUCAAGACCAGCAAACUCUGAACGUUAUGUUGUGUGCAAAGGGCUUUUACAACGUAGUCCACCAAUAAUAGACUUUUUGUUGCAAGUCAACACAAAAAUUGCCUCAAAAAAGGCAAUCAAAUCGUUGGUGCCAUGUUCCAUCAUGGAAAAUGAUAAGGACUUUGCAGAUUAUUUGACAACAUCCAACAACACUUUUGCUAAUGAUCAAGAGUACAACUUGAAACGGCUAAAGAUGGCUGUUGAAGACAGAUAUAUUGAAAUUAAGGAAUUACAAUUUAAACUCAAGGAGUUGUGUUUAAAAGAAUGGAAUUUACCCAAUCCUCAAUAUGAUAAACGACAAGGAAACAAUAGUCAUUACAACAACAAUAGGAGGCGAUAUGACGAUCGAGGAGAUCACAAGAGAAAGUAUGAAAAUUACAGAAAUGACAGCCAUUACAACAAUUAUAACAGAAACCGACACUACAAUGACAAUAACAGGUCAAAUAAUGGGCGUGACAGCUCUUCAGACAGUUACUAUGGCAAUCGUAACAGGAAUUACAAUAAUUAUGGAAAACGACGAUAA